GCCAGGGGAGGGGGAGGGAAGGCUGGUCCCCUGAGCAUCUGCAGCCAGUACUUUCUGUAGCAAGUAGUCACCUGUGCUUUUUAGACCUGCUCAGAAAUGCUUCACAGCCAUGAGCUUGACCAAGAGACUUGCUAGCUGCCUCCCUUUCUUUAGAAUGUCACCUUAGAGAUAUAAAACCACAGGCAUGGAAAGGACCCGAAUAUGACAUCCAGGCUACCCCCGCCCCCUGGUCCUAUGACUUUGUGUUCCUAUGGAUCCUUCAGUAACUCGUUCUCUGUGUGUGUAUGUUCCUGGCGCUGCAGGACUCCAGAUAUUUCCCCACCGGAUGAGGCAGGACAAUGAAGGUAAGGCCUGCUCCGUAUGGCCAUACAUUUGGGAUAGGCACAGCGGUUGUAGAUGAGCCCAAGGCACAAUUUUGGACUAAAGCGUUGCGGGCAAACGAGAACAGCAUAGGAGGCUGCCUUAUACAGUGGUACCUUAGGUUAAGAACUUAAUUCGUUCUGGAGGUCCGUUCUUAACCUGAAACUGUUCUUAACCUGAGGUACCACUUUAGUUAAUGGGGCCUCCUGCUGCCGCCGCCACACAAUUUCUUUUCUCAUCCUGAGGUAAAGUUCUUAACCUGAAGUACUACUACUGGGUUAGUGGAGUCUGUAACCUGAAGCGGCUGUAACCUGAAGCGGCUGUAACCCGAGGUACCAUUGUACUGGGAUGGAGACUCAGUCUACGACAUGAUGAUGCUCAGUCCGCUGCUCCCCCCCGCAACUGCCCCAAUUUCUCUUCUUAUAUCUAAAGUUUGGGAAUGUUUUAAUGUUUGAUGUUUAAUAUUCUGUUGAGAGCUGCCCAGAGUGGUGGGGAAACCCAGCCAGACGGGCGGGGUAUAAAUAUUAAAUCAUUAUUAUUAUUAAAGGAGCCAUAAAAGACCGACAAUCUUCAUCACACCACCCCUCCUCUGCCCCCACUUCUUCCCCGACCUUAUACUGAAUAUAACACUAAUGUCUCAUAUCAAAUGUAAUCUGUAGAAAAGAAUUUACAACCUGAAAAAAGCGACAAUGCACGUACUUUUGUAAACCAAGAAAAUCUUAAUAAAAAAUAAUUUUUUAAAAAAGAGAAGACCAGCAGUCUAAAGACCAGCACCAGGAUGAGAGAAAGCGGUGCUUUCAGUUUAGUUGUUGAAUUUCCAGCAGCCCCAGCAAGCAUGGCCCAUGGUCAGAGAUGAUGGGAGUUGCAAUAUAUGUUUUUAAUGUACAUAUUGACACCUGCCACCCCAAUCUCCAUGAGUGGUGCAAUAUUUUAGGGGUUGCAGGCAUGGUCACCCGGGUCUGUGUUUACUUUGGGGACAAUGAGCCCCAACAAAGACUGGUGUCUUUAUGAUAUAUGGUUUAUUUGCACCUAUAUACAACUUGCACCUAAAUGGAGGGAUUAUGGAGCAUUCACAUCCUAUCAGGAUUGGAUUCAAAGGGCAGCAAAAAUCCCUCCUCUGCCUCUCUUUGUUUCAGCCUGUCGUCCCCAGCUUACUUGGACUUCUGCCCCUCAUUCUGCUUCUCUCUGUGAACCUCCUUCCAGCCUACGACAUUCAAAGCUGUAAACCUAAACCUUGCCUUUGCCUCUGCCCACUAACACUCAGUCCCCUUGGCCUGGCACUCUUGCCCUAUAAUGGUUUCCUAGUUGGGCCAUCGCUGGCCUUUGUCCCCUGCUAAUGGCCCGUCCAGCAAGCUCUGCACAGAGGUGGCUUGGCUUACUAGCCUAACUAAAUCCAGGUGGGUUCCAUGUUUGGCAAAGUUUAAUCAAACCUUGAUUAAUUCUAACUUUGAAUAAAGCAUAACACAUUUUGGGGGAUCUAGCUCCCCCCAACUCAUAACGAUACAGUGGUACCUCUGGUUGUGAACAGGAUCCGUUCCAGAGGCCCGUUCGCAACAUGAAAAGAGCGCAACCUGAAGCGCCGUAUCUGUGCAGGUGCGCAGUGCGAUUUGGCGCUUGUGCGCAUGCGCAAAGCACGAUUUAGCGCUUCUGCACAUGUGGGAGCGGCGAAAGCCGGAAGUAACCCUUUCUGGUACUUCUGGGUUGCUGCGGGACAUAACCUGAAAGAACGUAACAUGAAGCAAAUGUAACAUGAGGUAUGACUGUAUUGUCUCACCCCAACAAUACCAAUUUCAUAGGUUAUCAGGAUGACGGAGAACAAGGAUCAACGCUGUCUCAGAGACAAGAUCUGUAUGGUAAAUGCAAAUUAUUUGUUAUAUAUGACUACGGACCUGUAUCUCAACCAUAGGGAACCUUUCGCCCUCCAGAUGUUGUUGGAUGACAACUCCCAUCUGGCCCUGCAAGUAUGCCCGGUGGCAAAGGAUGAUGGGAGUUGUAGUUCAGCAACAUCUGGCGUGCCAAACAUUCCCACGCCUCCUGUGUAUCAUAGUAGAGAAAGCAUGUACCCAUGUGCGCACUCACCAUACACGUGUCAUGAGAUAUUCUGGGAACAAGGCUUGCAUGGUAAAUAUUAGCUACACUGCACCCUUGCCUCCAGGACUGGCCCUAUAUUUAGGCAGAGUGGGAGGGGGGCAUGUCUGGCACCAGAUGCUCAUCAGGAGAAGGGGGGGCAGGCAGUGACGGAUCAGAGGGCAGAUCUCUGCAUGCUAUGCAGCCUGCUUUGCACCUUCUGCAUUGGCCUGUGUGGGAAUGUUGUCGAUAGUAGGAGAGGAUAUAUUGAUUACCGUACUUUUCCGUCUAUAAGAUGCCCCCAUGUAUUAGAAGCCCCCUAUUUUGGGGGACUCUAAUUUAAGAAAAUGGGGGGAGAUGGCACAGAGUUGUUGAGCUUUUAUUGGGGGGGUUGUCAAAAAUCGCUUACCCGCACGCAUUGCAAAAUCCGCCUCCCGUCUGUCACAUCGCGGGCAGAAGCUGCCAAUUGCCCGCCCAACUGCCAGAGCGCCAGCCAAUCAACACCACCCAUUGAAACAUCAACCAAUACCACACACAAUAGCCGCUGACAGCUGCAGCAGCAACCAAUCAAACGUCCACCCUAUGCACUACCCAAGUGUAAGAUGGCCCCAAAUUUUUAGCAUGAUUUUUAAAGAAAAAAACAGUCUUAUACAAGGAAAAGUACGGUAAAUAUUGUCCUUCCUCACGCUAGUGAGCUGGUCACAGAGUGCAUUCCUCUGUGUAUUUCAGGAAGCUAGUUGGUAGAUUCGUUCAAAUUUCUUGAGUUAAGCAAUCCAGUCUGGCUUGUCCAGAUCAUGUUAUUCCUGGUGAAUUGCCCUUUAUUCCCUCUUAAAACAAUAAGGACACAACUGACUUCUUUAAAAGUAAUGAUAAGAAGUUUACUUACAUUCAGUUCACAGUAUGAUCCUGAAGGCAGACUUUAGCUUGUAGUUACAGAAGAGAGUGUGAGUCCAUCCCAUAUGGCGACUGAGCCCAUGUGCGGCUGGCUGAGAGCCAGCAGACAGCAAAAGCACCAAGAGAACAGCACCAAGAGAAGAAAUGGCAAAAAGAGAGCAACAAGAGAGUCAAGAGAAGAGGGCUGCGUGACUAGCCCCUUUAAAGGGUCUGCCAGGGUCAAGCCCAUCUACCUGGUCACAUGCAGGGGGAGGAUGCUCCAGACCAGGUGUGACAGGAAGUCCUUCUGCCUGGAGUAACAUCCCCCCUGUGUGUCCACUCUGGGCAAACAGGAAAUGUCGUACUUGACUGCUACAGUGAUGUAAUAUCCCACAGCCUGCUCUCCUCAGGUGUGGUGUCCCAUCACCUGUGUUUAGCUUUUGUAAAUGGAAUGAGAUGGGCGGGGUAUGUAGAAAGAAAGAAAGAAAGAAAGAAAGAAAGAAAGAAAGAAAGAGUGUGGCGUGUGGGUGGGUCAGCCGGUACACUUGUCCAUCAUCUGAACCAGCCCGUGUGCAAAACCAGAGGCUUUAGUGUAAAGAGGACUUCCCUAAGGAGGUACCAACUGUUCCAGUGGGAGGUGCAUGUGACGUUAACAUAUGAGAGUGCUGGAGGUGAAAUAGUUAAACAAGUUACCCAAUCAGAACCCAGGGGGGUGGAGUCAGAGGGACUAUAAAACCAGCUCUGGGAGGGACAAAAGGGAGUUCAUUGGGAGUUGGGUGGUUGGUUGGAGUGGGAGUGAAUUGGGAUAGAGUCUGUGGGUAGGUUGAGUUAGGGUAGCGAAAUAAGCUGAGUCAGGAAGAGUUAGGGGCUGGGAAGACAAGUAAAUAUCUGAGAGGUGGUUUAGUGAGUGAGAGCAGGUAGCGGAAGUUAUAGGUCUGGAUAGGCACCCCAUGAUUGUAAUUGACCGAUACCGUUUAUGAAACCACACGCUUGUUAAACUGCAAUAAAUAAACAAAAGUUUAUGUUCCAGUUUAACCCUGACUGGACUCAGUAUUGUACCAGGUAGGGCCUGGGUGGUGGCAGUGAGAAAUAAAGUGGUGGCACAGGGAUCAAUAAACGGUGAAACGUCCGGGGACCCUGUGUGAUCGCCACAGUGCAAAGCUUGCUAUUCCCUUCACAAUAUUUGUCAACUACGGUCCAAGAAAUAGAAUCAACUGAAAUUGUCUUGUGUGACGGCAGAUCAAAAUCUGCUCCAGCGCUGUCCCACUGGUUCUCUUUCUCCAUGGUCAUGUAAGUAGAGUAAAUGUGUAGGUGCAGUACCUCCACUCUGGGUUUUACUUGGGGAGUAGAAAAUGCCUGAUAUCUGUGGCCGUUUUAAUUUGCUGCAGUUUGGCCAUUUCAGUCCCAUUGUAGGUCCUCUUCCAUUUCUCCUCUUGCCUUUUUCUGCUGGACUUGCGCUGGUUCUAGAAUGACUUUUCCAUGUUUGUUCCCAGAUUACCCAUGGGAUAAAUCCAGCCUGAAGUCAAUACCAAUGGACUUGACGCAGUUUAAGGAACUGGAUGACCAUGCAUCAACGGUAUACUGUCUCUUAUGGCAAUAUAACCCACACAGAAUAAUAGUCCUGUAAAGAAUAUUUUAGGAUGCUGAGAGUUUUGUUUUUUAAUGUGGAUUUGGAAUUGGAACCUAAGGGUCCAUUCCAACUCUACAAUUCUAUGGUUCUAUGACAGUACCUUCAAGUGUCCUCUCCUUAUAGGAGGCAACUUCUUCUGUCCACAUGGAAGUUCACAGUGGGAAACAUUAUGAUUCAAAAUCCACCCCAAGCCUGAAACAAAGGGGAUUUGGCUCACAGCUGAAGAUUGUGGAAAUAGCAUGCCUGUGUAAAGAGAAAAGAAAGGUUAAGCAUGCUUCAUCCUUCAGAACAAUUUUACUCGGGGAUAAAAUUUGAUAGAUUGAUCAACUAGGAUGCAUACACUUACUCAGCUAACUGUGUAUUCCUGAGCAGUUUUACGCAGAAGUAAGCUCCAUUGAGUUCUGCAAGACUCUUUUUAGUGCAUGUAGGAUGGCAGGCACCCUAAGUUUUCUUUAGACAGCAGAAAGGAACUGGGUACUGCUCCUCCAUGUUAUCUUCUACAGUAUUUACCUUUCCUGAAACAGGUGAAUGUCAAGAACAACGUGAAAAAACUGGUGAAUGUCUUGCUCCAAAAAGCCCACAGUGACCUGGAGAAAGUCCGAGCCAUUUGGAUGUGGACAUGCCAUCAUAUAGGUAGGUGGGGGGGGGUGACCUUUCUGUGUGCGAAGCCGGAAGCGAUCCCUCCAGACAACAGAACAACUCUCCUAGUGGUGUUAUAGGAAAGCUCCUUUAUAUAGCAUUGGAUUAAAGCAGAACCUUUGAAGGUGAUUAACUGUUGUUUUGUGAAUGAAAUAAGAUACCCCUAAUUGAAUUGAUUUGUUAUUCGGAUCUUCUGCUAAAAGUUUCUGAAGUAAGUGAGGUUGCUGCAGUCCUUUAUUCGUUGUGCAUUGCAGACUUUGAGGUGACUGUCCAUAAAUGUCUUUAUUCCUCCAGAAUACGAUGUGGAAGGAUACCAUAACAAGGUGCCUUCUGAGGCAACUGAUGCCCUUCAGUCGGGAAAAAGCGCUUGUGGGGGAUAUGCUGGCCUCUUUGAAGAAAUGUGCAGGUAAUUCCUAUUGGGCCCCAGAGAGCUGGAGAGCCACACGUCCCCCACACCUGCUCUAUACAGGCGACUUUCAACAUAUCAUUAUGGAGACAAACUUGAGUCCCGCUACAGUCACUGGAAAUCCUGCUUGGCCCCUCCCCACCAUGCUUCCUUCAACAAACACUUCUUGUACCUUUUAAAGCCCUUCUGUGCUGCCUUGAAAGCUUGUACUAGAUUCCAGUCUCUCUCUCUCUUCAGCCUGCAAGCUAAGAUUCUGAGGCUGUCCGAUUAAUAAUAAUAAUAAUAAUACCCCGCCCAUCAAUAUUUAUACCCCGCCCAUCUGGCUGUGCUUCCCCAGCCACUCUGGGCAGCUUCCAACACAAUAUUAAAAUACAAUAGUCUAUUAAACAUUAAAAGCUUCCCUGAACAGGGCUGCAUUCAGAUGUCUUCUAAAAGUCUGGUAGUUGUUGUUCUCUUUGACAUCUGAUGGGAGGGUGUUCCACAGGGCGGGUGCCACUACCAAGAAGGCCAUCUGCCUGGUUCCCUGUAACUUGGCUUCUCGCAGGGAGGGAACCGCCAGAAGGCCCUUGGAGCUGGACCUCAGUGUCCAGGCUGAGCGAUGGGGGUGGAGACGCUCCUUCGGGUAUACUGGACCGAGGCCGUUUAGGGCUUUAAAGGUCAGCACCAACACUUUGAAUUGUGCUCGGAAACGUACUGGGAGCCAGUGUAGGACUUUCAAAACCAGUGUUAUGUGGUCUUGGCGGCCACUCCCAGUCACCAGUCUAGCUCCCGCAUUCUGGAUUAUUUGUAGUUUCCUGGUCACAUUCAAAGGUAGCCCCACGUAGAGCGCAUUGCAGUAGUCCAAGCGGGAGAUAACUAGAGCAUGCACCACGCUGGCAAGACAGUCCGCGGGCAGGUAGAGUCUCAGCUUGUGUACCAGAUGGAGCUGAUAAACAGCUGCCCUGGACAUAGAAUUGACCUGUGCCUCCAUGGACAGCUGUGAGUCCAGAAUGACUCCCAGGCUGCACAUCUGGUCCUUCAGGGGCACAGUUACCCCAUUCAGGACCAGGGAGUCCUCCACACCUGCCUGUCUCCUGUCCCCCAAAAACAAUUGGCUCCUAACAAAAAUUUUUGUACCAGUGCAACAUACAAAACUGUCAUGCAGGACUGGGGGAUCUUGGGCCUUCCAGAUGUUGUUCAGCUACAUCUCCCAUCAGCCUUAGCAAGCUUGGCCAACCACCAGGAAUGAUGGGAGUUGUCGUUCAGCAACAUCUGGAGGACCAAAGAUUCCCCAAACCUGUAAUAUGCAGUUAAAUGAGGCAGCCUGGCAUUUCUUCAGAAUAAAGUCCACAGGUGGCAUUUAGCAUACUUCUGUUUCCUCCAUCAAAAUCCCAAAUUGCACAUCCUUAAGGGGCAAGAUUGGACAAUAUAGGAAAAAGCCUAAAAUGCCAGAUGUGGUUUGGCUUCUCCCUGAAAACAGAGCAAAAUGAAGGAUGCCCAUUCUAAUUAAAAAAAAAAGCAUUGAUUGCAACCACAGUGCCUUGUUCACAAUGGGGUUCUUGAAUCCCUUUCUUUCCCCCUCAGUCUUGCAGGGAUACAAUGCAAGCAGUUGUCCGGCUUUGCCAAAGGGUUCCAAUACAAACCAGGAAAAGUAUUUGAGGGGAAGACUAAUCAUGUCUGGAACGCUGUUUAUCUUGAGGGAAGGUGGCAUCUUUUAGACAACACGUGGGGCAGCGGCUGUGUGGAUGACUCUUGUAGCAAGUUCACUUUCAGGUAUGUUGUUAGGUGACAGAAAGCCCAGUCAGAGUGUGGGAUACAACGAGGGUAUAGUGAACUUCCUUCGUUUUCAGAUUUUUGUUUGGUUCGCUUGGACCAAAAGUCAGAAUUGGUGAUUUGAUAGCCACAGGGCAUCAGCAUGGAGUGUUGUGGUAGUGGUGGGACAAUUACCGUAAUAGGUUCUAGAGCAGCCGUUCUCAACCUGUGGGUCCCCAGAUGUUGUUGGACUACAACUCUCAUCAUCCCUGAGCUCUGGCCUUGCUAGCUAGGGGUAAUGGGAGUUGUAGUUCAACAACAUCUGGGGACCGACAGGUUAAGGAAGGCUGUUCUAGAGUAUUAUGCUUAUCCUACAUGUGUAGGAUUUGGGGAUCCUGGAGUUUGGAUCAUUGCAACACAGCAGCCUUUCUCUACCAGGUGCCCUCCAACGGUUUUAGACUACCACUCCCAUCAUCACUAACUAUUGGGUCUCAGGCUUCAGGGACUCAGCUUCCUCCCACCCUCCCACCCUUUGGCAGCAGAUAAGCAAAACAAAGCGAAAGGAGUCUCUUACCAGAUUUUUAAUGAUUGUAGCCAGAGAACAAAGAAUCCAUUUCUAGGAACGGAGGUGCUCCCAGUUAAGGGUUCCACACACUUCCUCCCUAGUCACCCACUUCUGCAUCUUGCAACCAGAUCUCACGACCACUGUGCUUUCUGUGCUGCCACCUUAUCUGCUCUCCUUGACCUUGGGCUGAGUGGAUGGAUGCUUUCCAGCGAAAUGGAGCCUGUUCACUCUCUCUCCCAGUUCUUCUCCUCCUAGCUGUUCACCAUCCAGUUCUUCCCAACUUCGGUCUUCUGAACUAUGUCCCUCUGCAAACCACUGUUCCAAAUCUAUACUGCUCCACUGCUCCUGGGAAGAUUCAGGAUCCUGAGCAGGAGCAGGGGGCGGGGGAGGCUGCCUCCAUUCCUCUCAGUGCAGCCCUCCUCAGCACGGUCCCUGACAUUGGGCCACAUUGGCAGUGGUUGAUGGGUCAUAGAGUUCAGCCAAACCUGGAGGGAAUCAGACUGGGGAAGGCUGGAUGAGUGGGUCACCCAGUUCCUAAACUGUGGCUAGUGUUAACUAUGGACGCGCUUGUCAAAUAAAGCAUUGUUGUCAUUAAGCACAGAUGUGGGUGAGAAAACAGGCUGUGGUUAAUCUAAUCAAGGAUCUGGUUUCCAAACUGUUCACAUGUGUGGCUGUGGGGGAGGGAGGCUUGCUAUGUUUCAUUCCCAACAUGCUAAGCUAUGGUUUCACUUGACAUCUGAAAGAAGGCCUAGAAGGAUUCCACGCUCAUUUCUAGAUAGCUUUCUCUGUUUGACCCUGGUGCUGAGAUUUCAUGAAAUUCUGCCUUCUCCUUCUGCAGGUACAAUGAGUUUUACUUCCUUACCCAUCCUGCUCUGUUUAUUAACGAUCACUUCCCAGAAGACCACAGCUGGCAGCUUCUGAAACAGACAUUAUCGCUGCAGCAGUUUGAACGUAAUGUGUGGUAUAAGUCUGCCUUUUAUUCAGUAGGACUGACAGGCACAUCCACGGCAACGUCAGUCAUCGAAACAGGUAAAGUCAAUCAGAAGCAUCUGUCUUGUUGCUUUUGGCUGUCACACUUACGCUGACAAUGAGUCUCAUGUCCUUUUAAGAUGCUACUGCGCUGUAAAGCAGGGAUGGGAACCUGAGGUUGCUAGACUACAACCCCCAUCAUCCCUGACAAUUGGUCGUGCUAGUUGGGAGUCUCACAACAGCAAGAGGGCGAUACAGGUUCCUCACCCCUAAUUGAGCAGAACCAGAACUCAGUGGGUCUUCCAAGGUGUGAAGGAGGCUCAGGAAAUCUGUUAUCUUUCUCGGAAUUGUUAGGUACAGGUGAUUGUGAGGCAGCUGGAUUGUCCUUGCUCUAUUUUGAUUAUCACUGAUUAUUACUCCUGGCAAACAAGGCCAUUCUGUGGCCUUCAUGGAGUUGUGAGGUUAAUUAAAACUAACAAUCAAGAUGAAGUAAAGCCUGAGGGGAGAAACAACCUACAGGUGGUUAUUCAAGGACGAGUCAGUGAGGAAAGAACAGACUGCCUGUUUCCCAUCUACCAAUCUAUUAACCAUCAUUAAUUUCAAUGCAUGGGACAAGGGUGGCGCUGUGGGUUAAACCACAGAGCCUAGGACUUGCCGAUCAGAAGGUCGGCGGUUCGAAUCCCCGCGACAGGGUGAGCUCCCGUUGCUCGGUCCCUGUACGCCGGCUCCCUCGGCCAAUAAAUUACCUUUAAUUUCAAUCUUAUAUAUGGGUGUAACCCUAUUUCUCAAGGCAAGGUGGCAGAAAAUCCAUAGGGGGAAAUCCAUUCAUGGGGAUUUAAAAUAAAAAUAUUAACAAGUACAGAAAAGCCAUUAUUUUUUGCCCCUUACAAAUUUUUUUACUGAAUUCCUGUUGCAUACAAAAUCAUGUCAACAUCAAAAAACCUUUGCUUUUCUUUCACAGAAAAUGGCAAGGCAACUGUUUUCAUUGAGAGUCAUUCUCCGACGCUCUUCCUCUGCAAGCUCAACGGGGCAAACGAACACUGCUUCAUGAACCUGCAGAGGAACGGGAUGACCCUGGAAGUGUAUCCUCAGGAGGUGGGAACUCAUAGCUUGGACAUCUUUGCCAAACCUUCCAGGAGCAAGGAGGAGAACUACAGCCACGUGGUGGAAUACUCCCUGGUGUGCCAAUCUGUGGACAAGAGCUUCUGCUUGCCCAAACCGCUCAUCCAGCCUGUGGGGCCCAGCUGGCAAUCGGAGGAGAAGGGGAUCCUGGGAGCCUCGCCCGCCAGUCCGAUUGUCCACACUGAUGACGGACGCUGCGUUGUCACCUUCACUCGAAGUAGAGACCUGGAUCUCUUUGCCACCCUGGACUCUGAGGCCAGCAGCACGUCGGAGGACUUGCGGAGGCGUCACAUCUGGACCACUCGCCAAGAUGCCCAUGUUGAGUUGAAGAUACAGCUCCCUCACGCAGGGACCUUUGCUCUUCACAUCUGGGCAAAGAAAGCAUCCGAUCCAGGCAACAGUCACUGCGCCCUCAGCUACCUCCUCUCCUGCCCAAACAAGAGUGUGUUGUGGCCGGUUUUUCCACAGAGUUAUACCAACUGGGAGGAUGCCUUUGAGCUGGUGGCACCAGUUGCCGGGGUCUUGCCGGCCAACCGCGAUGUGACAUUUAAGCUCAAACUGCCUGGCGUAGAUGAGGUGUCUGUCGAAUGCGGAAAUUCUCGCCGACUGACUCUUAGCGAAGACGGUUUCUGGGAGGGAACCUGCAGCAUCUCAGGUGGCCCCAGGGUGACAGUGAUGAUAUCAAAAAAUGGCAGCCACUCCUUCUGGGCCCUGCUGGACUACAAAGUGGAAAGUCACUAGCUAGGAGAGGAGAAAAUUCAACUAUGUAAAAAGAUCUACGCUUACCGGAAGAGAGGGAAACGGUAAUCCAUCAUUAACCACAGCUUGUAUGUUAACCAGGUAUAACCGGGAGAAAUACUAGCAGUCGGAUACUGGAGUAUCUGAUAUUACGAGACUAAGGGCAUGGGGAAGUGGUCCGAACAAUAACCCUGACUAUAAUUAAAGUAAGGGAAGGCAGACUUCUUAAUAGUUGUUUUCUUUAAA